AUGAGUGCCAGGACAUCCACCCCAAUCAGCAUAUGUGAAGGAAACACGUUUCUUGAUGGAAGAAGAUGGAUAUGUGUUUCAUUGCAAGCGAGCAUUCAUGUGAAGACACACUUGCUAAACAACAUAGUAGAUGAUAGGAUGGGUAAAGAUGAGAUACUGAAAAGGGCUGGGAUAUCAAAUGAAGAAGGACAUGAAUGCGACAACACUUUAAUAAAUGAUUCUCCUUUACGUAUGCCGGAUGGUUCACGUUCCUUGGAUGAAAACUUUGAGUAUUGUGUAAAACUAAUCCGUUGGCUAGAGUGUGAGGGUCACAUCAAACAGGAGUUUAGGUUAAAAUUGCUAACAUGGUUUAGUUUGAGAUUAAUAGAUCAGGAACGCAGGGUGGUAAAUACCUACAUUCAAACUCUGAUGGACGAUCCAAGUAGUUUGGCAGGGCAACUGGUUGACUCUUUUUCUGAUAUUGUAUCCAACAAGAGGCCAAGAAAUGGAUUCACUAGUAAAGAUGGGGCAUCAAAAUAA